UUCUCCCCUGGCCGAGGCCGGCCACAGCCGACAUGGGCUGUUUCUGCGCCGUUCCCGAAGAAUUUUACUGCGAAGUUUUGCUUCUGAAUGAAUCCAAGUUAACCCUCACCACCCAGCAGCAGGGCGUCAAGAAGUCAACGAAAGGUUCCGUUGUCCUUGAGCACGUAUUCCGUCACAUAAACCUUGUGGAGAUAGAUUAUUUUGGGCUGCGUUACUGUGAUAGAAACCAUCAGACGUAUUGGCUGGAUCCUGCGAAAACCCUGGCUGAACACAAAGAACUGAUUAACACUGGACCUCCAUAUACUUUGUAUUUUGGUAUUAAAUUCUAUGCCGAAGAUCCAUGUAAGCUUAAAGAAGAAAUAACCAGAUAUCAGUUUUUCUUGCAGGUGAAGCAAGAUGUCCUUCAGGGCCGGCUGCCCUGCCCCGUCAAUGCUGCUGCUCAGCUGGGAGCGUAUGCCAUCCAGUCUGAACUUGGAGAUUAUGACCCCUAUAAGCACACUGCAGGGUAUGUGUCAGAGUACCGGUUUGUUCCUGAUCAGAAGGAAGAACUUGAAGAAGCUAUAGAAAGGAUUCAUAAAACGCUAAUGGGUCAGGCUCCUUCUGAAGCGGAGCUGAAUUACUUGAGGACUGCCAAAUCCCUGGAGAUGUAUGGUGUUGACCUCCAUCCUGUCUAUGGAGAAAACAAAUCUGAGUAUUUCUUAGGAUUAACUCCAGUUGGUGUUGUUGUCUACAAGAAUAAAAAACAAGUGGGGAAGUAUUUCUGGCCUCGGAUUACAAAGGUUCAUUUCAAGGAGACACAGUUUGAACUCAGAGUACUGGGAAAAGAUUGCAAUGAAACCUCAUUUUUUUUUGAAGCUCGAAGUAAAACUGCUUGCAAGCAUCUUUGGAAGUGUAGUGUAGAACAUCACACAUUUUUUAGAAUGCCAGAGAAUGAAUCAAAUUCAUUGUCAAGAAAACUCAGCAAGUUUGGAUCCAUGAGUUAUAAGCACCGGUACAGUGGCAGGACAGCGUUACAAAUGAGUCGAGAUCUUUCUAUUCAACUUCCCCGACCAGAUCAGAAUGUGGCAAGAAGUCGAAGCAAGACUUACCCUAAGAGAAUUGCACAAACACAGCCAGCCGGAUCAAACAGCAUAAAUCGGGUGACUGUGAACAUGGAAAAUGGAGAAAAUGAAGGAACAACUAAAAUUAUCGCACCUUCACCAAUAAAAAGCUUUAAGAAAGCAAAGAAUGAAAACAGCCCUGAUACCCAAAGAAGCAAAUCUCAUGCACCGUGGGAAGAAAAUGGCCCCCAGAGCGGACUCUACAACUCCCCCAACGACCGCACGAAAUCCCCCAAGUUCCCCUACACGCGCCGCCGAAACCCUUCUUGUGGGAGUGACAAUGACUCUGUACAGCCUACAAGGAGGAGAAUGCUGGAAGCCGGGCUUAUAUUUCCUAGGCAUGAGAUUAGAGAAUCUCACUGUAAGAUGUGGACAGAUACAAGGGAAAAGGCCUACAGGAAAGCCCAUAACAGUGGUGAAGACUCAGAUCUAAAGCAGAGAAGGAGGUCGCGCUCACGGUGUAACACAAGCAGUGGUAGUGAAUCAGAAAAUUCUAAUAGAGAACACCGGAAAAAGAGAAACAGAAUACGGCAGGAGAAUGAUAUGGUUGACUCGGCGCCUCAGUGGGAAGCUGUAUUAAGGAGACAAAAGGAAAAAAACCAGGCGGACCCCAACAACAGACGGUCCAGACACAGAUCUCGCUCGAGAAGUCCCGAUGUCCAAGCAAAAGAAGAGUUAUGGAAACAUAUUCAAAAGGAACUUGUGGAUCCAUCUGGACUGUCAGAAGAACAAUUAAAAGAGAUUCCAUACACUAAAAUAGAGACUCAAGGUGACCCAAUCCGCAUCCGGCAUUCUCAUUCACCACGAAGUUACCGCCAGUAUCGCAGGUCCCAGUGUUCAGAUGGAGAGCGAUCCGUUCUCUCGGAAGUGAAUUCAAAAACGGAUCUUGUACCUCCACUUCCUGUGACCCGUUCUUCUGAUGCUCAGGGUUCUGGUGGCUCCACGGUUCAUCAGGUAGGUAAUAAUCAAGUUCUAAGAAGGUGUUGUACUGAUGACAAGAUUCUGUGUUUAAAAAAAACAAAACAAAACACAGACUGUGGAAGGAGAAGGAAGGAAGGGUGUGUGAUCAAGACAAGGCACAAUCUGGGAAGAGUUAUGUUAGAAGUGAGAGCUAGAGGUAGUGUAAGGUCUAAAAUGAUCUGAGGCUUGGGGUAAAGCCAGUGAUAACAAGGAUUGUAAGAUUAUUUGGAGCCAGAAUAAAGAAACAAUGGCUUCACUAAUUUAAAAAAGUAUGUCUAGAUUUUUUUUUUGGCCAGAGAAAUAGGGGUAAAGUGGUAGACUCAGAGGAGGCGCAUGUUCUAUUGUUAACUGAUGGCAGACAGAGGAUUACUCAAGUCCUGUUUUAUUUUUGUCUUCACCAUCAAAGAGAAUUACUUUUCUUCUGGAAAUGUUUGAAAGAUGUAGUCAAAGGGGAAUUCAAGGACAUGGCAAAGCAUCUAGCUGCCUUUAACAAAAUCAGUUUCACAUUCAGCUGAAUUAGACAGCUAUAUCAGGGAGCACUGGAGCAAGCGUAUUUCAGCAAGGUGUGUGUUUGACAUCAUCUCUCACUAUAUUUUUUUUAAUGCGACAGAAAAACAUGGAGGCUGUAUAAGGUUGUUGGAUGGAUGGAUCUCUGUUUAAAUAAUAGCUCUAGAAACAAACUUGAUGUUUAUAAUGGAUCAGUAUCAGCCUGUUGUUUGCAGUAGAUUGUUUGGAUUGUGGAUCCCUUUGAAAGGCAGUUAUAACUACUGUCUCUUCCCCAUAAAAAUGCAUAUAAGCAUAUAGUUAAUGCAUGUAUGCAUAUAAUUAAGGAAUUCCAUGGACAACCCAAGAACCCUGACUCCAGUGUAUUCAUCAUGCAUUGCCCUGUGCUUACCUUGAUUGAUUUUUGUCAAUGACUUGAGCAAGACAGAAAAUGCCUGUGCUAAUUUAAGUUAGGGUCCCUAGGAAGAGAUUCUGUGAUGGAGGUUUGCAUGGAGGAAGUUUAUUGGAAAGUGUUCUUCGGAUCAACACCCACUUGUUGGGGAGUAAAAGAUGGGAAAGAGUUGAACUGGGUGGUAUAGUCCCAAUAAAGGCAUCAGAUGAUCCCAUGGGGACCUCUGGAGAUAGCCCUUCUGAUUCAUCCCACCUGGAGGCAAGCGGGCUGGGCCUUAAACACUCACUGUGUAGCAAGUGACUGGAUAAAGGGUGCCCCUGGGAGGGUGCAUGACCUUGAAUGAGGUGGCUCUCUUCAGCCCAAGGCGGUUCCUGGGGAGGGGCUCAGUUUUGAGCUGUAUGGAAGCCAAUUCUCCUAGCUGCUGGGGAAUGAAUGCCUCAGUCUGGAACGGAGAUCUGAGUGGUUAACCACAACUUCCACUAAAAUCUGUGUAAUUUUUGAUUAGAUAAAUCUGGGAGAGCUAAUAGGUUAUCCAAACAGACGAUUUGAUUCAAGUCAAUAGCACUUAAAAAAAAUUACAUUCAUGAUUAGUUUAGGCUUCACAUUCAGAUAGGACCUGCAUUGGUUGGUGCCUCCUUGUCUCCACACACCACUAUGUGACUCUGAACAUUGUUUAACUUCUAAGACUAAAUUUUUUUGCAAUGUAGAUAAUAACCUACCUCUUAAAGUUGCUGGGAAGAUUAAUAAGCGCUGUUACUUUUCAGAGCUCUUUUUUUUGGUCUUAAAUUUAAGUUGGCUUCAAUACAAGUGGGGAUUUCAUGUAUUUUUGCUUUUCCAACUACUGUAGACUCUCUAAUCACUUUCAUUUAGGAAUCUCAAAAAACUUAAAUGAUACCGAUGAAAUGUUGAAAGAAUAGCUGUCACUUUGCUGCAUACAAGAACAACUCACAUGCAUCUUCUGAUCAAUGGCACUGAUUUUAAGCUUAUCUCUGGGACAGAAUUCAAGCUUUGAUUUUGAAUUCAACUAUCUAAUGAGCACAUCUAAGGAGUGACAAGGCACUCACUGGGGCAGUCAGUAAACUACAGCCCAUGGGCUAAAUUUAGUCUGUAGCCUGUUUAUGUACAGCCCAGGAACUGAUAACAUAAAAAUAAUAAAGUUGUUUUUAUGUUUUUAAAGGGUUGCCUGCAGGGAGGGAAAAAGAAUAUGCAGUAGAUUCACGUUGUAGUCUAUAAUCUGGCCCUUUAACAGAAAAUGUUUGCCGACUUCUGGCAAUGACACAUAAUACAUAGAGGUAAACAGGUAAAACAAUUAAAAAAAAAAGAAAAGAAAAACUAGGUAAGCAUUAUGAAGAAACAAAGGUCUGAGUUAGAAAAUGAACAUAUGACUUCACUUUAGAAAGGUAGGGUGAAGGCCAUCUCAGAAAGUGAGAUGUAAAGCCGAAACUUGCAGGUGAGAAGGAGCUAAACAUGUGAGUAUUCCUGGAAAGCUGAUGGAAGCAGAAGGAAAAGCAUGGGAAAAAAUGCGGAGGCUGGAAAGGGGCUGGGUGUUUGAGGUCUGAGUAGAGUGAAGGGGAAGGAGGGCCAAUAAUGCAAGGUCUUAGAUGUCAUGGGAAAAGAGUUCGUUUGGAUUUUAUUCUAGUUUAUUCUAAGUGCCAAAAGGAAACAGCUGAUCUGGUUGCCAUGUGGAGAAAGGACGCAAGUGACAUGGAAAAGUGGGAAAGUUGCAUUUCCUAAAUUCCACGAUGAUGCCAGAGUUCUGCCAGUGGCCUGGCCUGGCAAUACCUCACCUCACUUUUUCAUGCAGAUGCGUGGUAAAAAUGGGGUGGAUUAGGGACUUUGAUUCAUUUUCCUUAUUCCCUUAAGGUUUGCAGGCAGAAGAGAUAGGUUCAACCCUUAACACACUUAAAACGUAGUGAUUUUUCUGUUAUUAGCUCUCUAUUCCCCUUCCCUGACUCUCUCAUGCUCUGGUGUCCUCCUCCUACCUCUGGU